GGGGGGGCAGGGAGGGGUAUCAGCCCCCGGUGGAUGUAGAGGCUUCCAAGGGCCGUGCAGCUCCUGGAUGCUGGAGGUUUCUCUCCAGCUCCUGUUGCUCCAGGGAGCAGCGUGGCUCCCACGCCAUGUCGGUGGCGCAGACGUCAGGCCUUGCGCCUCGCGCGCCCCGGCCCCUGGCUCCUGCCCAGUGGGGCUCGGGUUUCCCCGUCUGGCUCCAGUGACUCCAGUCCUGGCGGGUGCUGGCGGAGCGCGGCCACUCGCCGGGUCACGGCUGGCAGCAGUGGGCUGAGUGGCCGGUGCGCAGCGGGGCGGCAGGUGGACAUGCUCACGUAGGGGCCAGGUGCCUGGCUAACCCCCAGCCCUGUGCCCAGCCGCCGUGUCCCAGCAGGGCACCUGCCCCCACCAUGGACCCAGCCCCGGAGAUGAAGAGGACUAGGUUCCCCAGCAUGAACUUUGAAGCAGAGAUUCUGACAGCUCCACACGAUAAUUCAGAGCUAUAUAUGAUCCCUUCCAUGAGAAGUCUCACAGCUGAGGAGUAUGUAGAGGCCUUUAAUUCAUUUUUGGCACAUUCAACAGAGCACCAGUGCAUGGACAAGUUCAACAUGGAAGAAAUGCCCAACAUCAUGGCUGGUCUCGGCAAUGGAAAAUCAACGGUAAAUGUUCUGGGAGUCGGCAGCGGCACAGGUGAGCAGGAUUUGAAAAUGAUCAGGAUACUGCAGGCUGCGCACCCAGGGGUCCUUAUUGAUAACGAGGUCAUAGAGCCCAACCCACAGCAUGUGGCAGCUUACAAAGAACUGGUGAAUCAAGCUCCAGACCUGCAGAACGUCUCUUUUAUUUGGCACCAGCUCACUUCCUCAGAGUACGAACAAAAGGUGAAAGAGGAAGGCAUUCAGAAGAAAUUUGACUUCAUCCAUAUGAUCCAGAUGCUGUACCGUGUGGAGGAUAUUCCCAAUACUAUAAAGUUUUACCACAGCUGCCUCGACCAUCAUGGUAAACUCUUGAUCAUAAUUUUAUCAGACAGUAGCGGAUGGGCCAGCUUGUGGAAGAAGUACAGACACUGCUUGCCUUCCACGGACAGCGGCCACUACAUCACCUCCAGUGGCAUCACGGACGUUUUGGAGAGACUUGGUGUUGAAUACCACGUUUAUGAAUUCCCAUCGGGCUGGGAUAUCACAGAGUGCUUUAUCGAGGGGGACCCUGCUGGAGGCUGCAUGAUGGAUUUCCUGACGGGGACAAAAAAUUUCUUGGGCACAGCUCCACUGGGUCUGCGGCGGCAGCUGCAGGAGGCUCUCUGCCAGCCUGAGUGCAGCAGCAAAAAGGACGGGAGGAUCAUCUUUAGCAACAACUUGAGUAUGAUUGUGGUUGAAUCCUGGAGUCGGGACCAGCUGCAGAAGCCCAGUUAGGGAGGGUAUGGGAGCGAUGCAGUCGCAGGAAAGCGUAGUACAGAAUGAAGGCAACUUGCAGGCAAGAGGGCAAGACAGUGGGGCUUAGCUUCAGGCAGGGUCUGGGGAGCUGCCUGCACCACCAGGAUGAGCUGUUUGAUCCGCUGAGAUCAACAGGGCCAAGAUUUCACCCUGGCUAUUUAGUCCAGCCCUAGGAGAACAUUUUCCAGAAAGUAAAGAGCUCCAUCCCACUAAAAAACUACAUAGACUUGUUUUUUAACAGUAUGCAUCCUGUCUGCGCUUUUGACACUGGCAUUUCCACUUUUCUAUAUAGCUAGCAUGUUUACAUACCUAAAGACCUGUCUAUAUGACCAGGUGCUGCUUUGCAUGCGAGAGAAGGCUGCAGCCCCUGUGCUGGCUACAUACAGACCCCUGGCUUCCAGCUGUGCCAGGACAAGACCAGCAGGGAGUCCCUUCUGCUCUGCACUCAAGUCAUGAGCCUCGCUGCACCGACCGCAGCUGUAAGUUGCUCUGCACUAGGCGAUUUCACAUGGUUUUAUCAGCAGAAGUAUUUACUGCCCCAAAAGGCUCAGCAUCUCGCAAUAUAGACAUGCCUUAAAAACCUAUCAGCCUUUUUGUUUGGAGAAAUUUUUGGAUCCCAGGAUGAUACUUGCUCUGAAUCUGACUUGCCCUAUGCUCUAUCAGGAAGAUACUAAUUUUGUUACUUUCUUACCGCUGUUUUUCUCCAUAUAAAAUAAAAGCAAUCUUAAACAGAAAAAGUGACAUCUUGUUCUGCACAUGUGGGCUUACAGAAAAUGAGCGAAAAGAUUAUUU